GCUCGGGUAAACAGUGUCAGUACGAUUUAAAUAUCCGAACAAUUAGUUUUGGCACUGGUUCUGAAAACUGUGCAAAAAUGAAGAAUAUGAAAAGUGAGACCACAUCGUAUCACGUAGUUCCGGCAUGCGAUGAAACUUCUUCUGACUUAUUUGACACCGACACAGUCGAUGGUGGAGUGAUCACGAAUUAUGCCGAGUUUGAUAAAGUUUAUAUGUUUGGAGAAAAAACUACUGGUUUUAAAAUAACGGGACCACCACAAAAUUAUUUAAAACUACGACGAAGCCAUGUACAAAAUAAAACACUUUUUAGUGAUGAAAACUUUGCUCCCAAAAACAUAGCUAUGACGAAGAUCAAAGGAGAAGUUGUUUGGAAAAGGCCUUUCGAAAUUGUCGAAAAUCCUCAAUUUAUUAUAGACGGAGCUACACGUUUUGAUAUUGAUCAAGGACAACUUGGUGACUGUUGGUUUUUAGCUGCUACUGCCAAUCUUACAACUAAUGAAAAACUUUUCUGCAUGGUUGUACCAAAUGAUCAGAAUUUUUCUCAAGAUUAUGCUGGGAUUUUUCACUUCAGAUUUUGGCAAUAUGGACGCUGGGUUGAUGUUGUGAUUGACGAUAGAUUACCCACCGUUGACAACGAAUUGGUAUAUUUACGGUCAUCUGACAGACGGGAAUUUUGGCCAUCACUUUUGGAGAAAGCUUAUGCUAAAUUUUAUGGUUCUUAUAAAAACAUUGAGGGUGGACAAAUCACAGAAGCUCUAGAAGAUUUAUGUGGCGGACUUUCUGAAUUUUAUAGUGCUAGCCAUGAACAAAUUUAUGAAAUUAUGUACGUGUCGUACCAGAGGUCAUCCUUUAUGGGUUGUUCCAUAGUGUCCCCGGAAUUGGAAGGAAGACGGUCUGAUGGCUUAAUUACAACACAUGCUUACAGUGUGACAGGCAUGAAACCAAUCAGAGUUGGCGAUUCCGAUAUACGCUUAAUAAGAGUAAGAAAUCCUUGGGGAAAUGAUGCUGAAUGGAAUGGAGACUGGAGUGACAAUUCAGAUUCUUGGAAUUUAUUACCUAAAGAACUUAAAAAUCAACUAUUAACCAAAAGGGCUGACGGAGAAUUUUGGAUUGAAGCUGCUGAUUUCCAAAGAUGCUUCACAUUUGUAGAUAUUUGUCACCUUAAUCCAAGUUCGUUCUUAUAUUCCGAUGGCGAUGAUAAGAACUGGGUUGUUAAUAUGUUUGAAGGUAGUUGGGUGCCUAAUGUAACAGCUGGUGGAGGACGUAAAUUCAUGGAUACUUUUUCUAACAAUCCACAGUACCAUUUGACAAUCAGAGGAGAUAAAGAUAAAUCCAGUUCGUCUUAUGCAGUAGUGAUUGGUUUAUUGCAAAAAGAUAGACGUGCUCUUUGUGAAAAUGAAUUACCACUUGAAAUUAACAUCUAUAGGGUAAAAACGCGUGCUGGUCAACUUCUGGACUCAUCAUUUUUUGAAUCCACCGCACCAGUUGUUCAACGAGCAGAAGUUGGAACACGCCAGUUAACUGUCAGAGUUAUGCUGCCUGUUGGAAGAUACUGUAUAGUACCAAGCACUGGAUACCCAAAUGUAUAUGCCAGUUAUUUGUUGAGAAUAUAUUCCGAAGUUACUGCAAAUAUAAUAGAAAAUGACGACGAAGUUGGAUACUCUUCUAAUGCUAUCCUCAAUGUAGCCAAAGACAAUCAGUUCACUAAUAAGUCAUUAUUUCAACAAGUAGCUGGUGACAAAUCUGAGAUCGGAUGGUAUGGAGUUAAAAAAGCUCUUAAUAAACAGUUUGGAACUAGAAGAAUAUUUUGUUUUACGAAGCCAAAAUUCUCAUUUUCAAAAGAUACAUGUCAAAAUAUAGUGGCGUUAUGGGACGCAGAUUAUUCUGGCAGGCUUGAUGAUGAGGAAUUUGAAAACUUAAUGCAGGAUGUUGCGUCGUUAAGGGCAAUAUUUAAAAAAUUUGACGCUGAUAAUUCUGGGAAAUUAGAUGGUUUUGAAUUGAGAAACCUCCUCACUGCUUGUGGGUACAAAGUAAAUCGACAAAUAUUGGUGAUUAUCAUGUUGCGUUACGGUUUUAAUGGUUCCAUGAAUUUUGAAAACUUUGUGGUAUGUGCUUUUAAACUGAAAACAAUGAUUGAUGAAUUUCACAGACGAAAAACUAUUGACACCAGUGACCAAAUUAACGUUAACAGAAGGGACUGGCUGCAGACUACGCUAUAUUCGUAAUAAAUAAUGCAGGCAUUCGCAUUUAAGUUCCAAGGAAAUUAAUAAUGUUAAUACGGUUGUUUUUCAAUUGUAAAGAUAUCUAACUGUGUAUUUAUUACUGUUUUGCAUACGAAAUUUUGAAUACAUUUUUUUUGUUGGCCUUUA